AAUAACGUGGACUAUCCUGCGUGAUCACGUGAAAUCCACGCGAGAAUCCAGAUUGCUACCACGAGAGAAAGCACGAGGAAAAACAUGGUUCUUUUUGCUCUCUUUGAGCAUGCCUGUGGCUAUGGAAUCUUUAAAGUUAUUGCUCAGGAGGAAAUUGGCGUAUUGCUUCCCGAAGUACAACAAGCACAAACAGACCUCGCUCGUUUUGGUAAACUCGUGAAAUUGGUGGCGUUUAACCCUUUCAAGUCUGCAGCAAAUGCUUUGGAUAAUAUAAAUUGCGUUUCUGAAGGUGUCAUCCAUAAUGAUCUGAAAGUAUUUCUUGAGAGCAACAUUCUUGGGAAAGAAAAGUCUAAAAUCAGUCUUGGUGUAGCUGAUUCAAAACUUGGUGCUGCUAUUCAGGAAUCAUGUGAGAUUUAUUGUGAAGCUGGUGAAAUUGUAAAUGAAAUUAUCCGUGGUAUUCGACUUUUUCAUAAAAUGGUCUCUGGACUGUUUGAGAGCAUGUCAGGAAAAGCUCAACUAGGCCUUGGUCAUAGUUAUUCACGUGCCAAGGUGAAAUUUAAUGUUCAUCGUGCUGACAACAUGAUUAUGCAAUCAAUAAGUUUGCUUGACCAAUUGGAUAAGGACAUUAAUACAUUUUCAAUGAGAGUGAGAGAAUGGUUUUCAUAUCAUUUUCCUGAACUGUCGAAGAUUGUUUCUGAUAAUCUUCUUUAUUCUCGUGUUGUAAAAUACAUAAAAUCUCGCAAAGAUUUAACUGAAGAUAAACUUGAAGGACUGGAACAGUUAGUUGAUGAUGAAGCAAAAGUAAAGGCUAUUUAUGAUGCCAGUCGAUCUUCAAUGGGUAUGGAUGUUUCUCCCAUUGAUUUAAUCAACAUUCAAACAUUUGCAUCCAAAGUAAUUGGUCUCAUUGAAUAUCGUUCAAAACUUCACUCGUAUUUGAUCUCAAAGAUGGCUUCUGUAGCACCAAAUCUUGCUGCUCUUGUUGGUGAACAGGUUGGUGCCCGUCUUAUAUCUCAUGCUGGUAGUCUUACUAAUUUGGCCAAGUAUCCUGCAUCUACUGUACAAAUUCUUGGUGCUGAAAAAGCUUUAUUCAGAGCUUUGAAAAAAAAAGGAAACACACCAAAAUAUGGCCUUAUUUUUCACUCUUCGUUUAUUGGACGUGCUGCUUCACAAAAUAAGGGACGUAUUUCAAGAUAUCUUGCAAACAAGUGUUCAAUCGCAUCAAGAAUCGACUGUUUCUCAGAAAUUCAGUCGUGUGUUUUUGGUGAAAAAAUGAAUGAACAAGUUGAAGAACGUUUGAAAUUCUUUGAGUGUGGCGAAGCACCUCGCAAAAAUGUUGAAGUGAUGAAAGAAGCUAUGGUAAUGGCUGCUGAAAAGGUUUUAACGACGUCAGAGAAAAAGAAAAAAAAGAAGCGAAAGAAAGGAAAAGAUGGCCUUGAUGAAACUGUAGAAGAUGAAGACAAGACGUUAGAAGAGCCUGAAGAUGAAACAAAUGCGCAAAAAACUGCUGAAGAAAAAUCUUGAAAAGAAAAAGAAGCUGAAUAAGUCUCAAGGUGAGUGUAUAUUUUUCUUUUAUUUCUUCUAUAAUGAAUUUUGACCCUUUUUUAUUGUGUCAGAUAAUGAAGAGACAAUUUUAGAAAAUAUUAAAUCGAAAAAAAAGAAAAGUUUUGACUCGGAAGAAAUGGAAACUCCAAAAGAAAUUAAGAAGCGAAAACGACAGGUGAUGGAAGAAAGUGUUCACGAACAAACAACUUCGUUGAAGAAAAAGAAAAAGAAAAAAUCUAUUUCGAAAGACAAUGCUUAAAACUCUUACCAUCGAUUAAUUUUCUGUGUGUUAAUAAAUUUUUUUAUUGUAUUAA